AUGUGCAAUGAGCUGCUAAGAUGGGGAGAAGGAGACAAGAGGGUUGUGAAAAUGGUGAUGGAGGCGAGAAGAAACGGAGUCGAACGGGUCUGAGGAGCCAGAAAGUUGACAACUUUAGUGAGUUAGAGUGGGAGCGGGGGAAGGGUAAAAGGGGUGGGAGGGUUAGGGUCACUUUAUCAACUGGUAAGACGCCUCAGGGAGAGCCAGAGAUGAAGGACAAUGUUGGGUCCUCGGAAGCUACGGCGCAGACCACCCAGCUCUUGGUUUUUCACCGGCGUACAUUUGUCACCGAGCCUCUGAAGAACUUUGAAUUGAGAAGUUGUGAAAAUGAAAGAAUUAAGCAUAUCGAGAGAGAGGAAACUGGAGAAAGACAGAAAGGAGGGAGGGGAGAAGAAAUGGAGGUCCAAACAGUUGACCGGCCACCAGCACAGCACCCUGUUGAACAAUGUAGCAUUACGCAGGUGUCGAGAGUGGAAGAAACAGGAGGACAUCAAGAAAUAAUUAGAGAAGAAGAGGAGGUGCAAGCUAUCGAAGAGGAGGUGCAAGCUAUUGAAGAGCAGCCUUCACCACCGGCUGCUUAACGAUGUAGCAUUGGACAUGCAUGGAGUGAGGAAGAAGUUGGAGCACUCAACACAGGAUCGGGUAGUGAGGAUGACUUCCAGAUCAUUGAGGUGAAGCAAUCACAAUCCCCAGUGGCUGCAGGCUCUAGGCGCUCUAUCCAAGCUUUGGGGUUUCUGGAAAGUUAUCUCGGCCAGCACGAAGAAAGCUUGGCCAGCACCAAUGAAGCUUCAAUCCCCAAUUUGGAUGAGGUUGCUUGAGCUAAGGCCAACAUCCAAAAGAUUUCCACUCUCUCUAUUGAUGAAGUCAUGGAAUCUGAGUGUGUUGGACGCUUCAAAUCAUCGUUGGAAUUUUUGCUCAAAGCUGAUGACAGAGCUGGAGCUCAGUCGGCAAAUAUAGAACCUGUCUUGGGCAAGCUGGCUUUGUUGGAGUCCAAAUAUCCCACAGCUAGCAAAAUCACUGAUGAAGUGAAUGAAGCAUCUAAAAGGAAGUCAGAGCUGAAACAAGAAGUAAUGCUCUAUACUAUCCGCUCAUUUGAAGCUCAAAAGGAAGAAUCCGAGUUGCUGAAUCAAAUCAAUGGAAAAAAGUUGAUGAUUGAAGAUCUCAAGCAAAAAUUGGGAGAUCUCAAGGAAAAAUUGGCUGCAGAGGAAGCACGCCUGAAGGAAUUGGAGCAGUCCCAUGCUAAACAGAUAACCAAAAUGAGUGAGUCCAAUUCCGGGCGUGAAAAGGUUCAGCAUAUGCUUUAUAAUCACUGUAUCCAUGAGAACACUUGGGUGAAGAAAGCUUUGCAAGCUCAAAAGGAUUUUCUGUCUGUUGAAGCAACUUGGGUUCAGAUGCAAAAACUUCUUCCCCUAAUUUGCGGCUGGAAAGAGGAAGCAGCAACCCCUUGAGGUUUUGCAAAUGAAAAAAAUGUAGUGAUGCAACUCAACUUUUGCAUGCAUAGGCAUGUAGAGAUUUAGGAACAAACAGAACUCAACUAAUGUUAAAAUGUCUACAUCCCUAUGCAUGCAAAAGUUGAGUUACAUCACUACAUUUCUUUCAUUUGCAAACCCUCAAGGGGUUGCUGCCUCCUCUUUCCAGCCGCAAAUUAGGGGAAGAAGUUUUUGCAUCUGAACCCAAGUUGCUUCAACGGACAGAAAAUCUUUUUUAGCUUGCAAAGCUUUCUUCACCCAAGUGUUCUCAUGGAUACAGUGAUUAUAAAGCAUAUGCUGAACCUUUUCA